AAAUAAGUAAUAUUAUAUACAUGUAUUAGUAAUAUUAUAUAAUAAUUUUGGUUAUUAAGCACUCAAACUCAUAUUUUAAAUAUAAUAAUAUAUAUGUAUAUUGUCACCUAAAAUACAACCCAAUGCAUCAUCAAAUAUAAAUGGAAAUCGCUGACAGAUAUAAUAACCAAAAUUUAUCCAAUUUAUAACGAAAACUUAACAAAUCUUUUUUUAUAUGUAAUUAGGAUACGAAGAAGUACCUCCACAUUUGUGGACGGGUCCACUGCCACGGAGAAGGUGCUGCAUUCGCAGUUGUGCUUCCAGAGGGGCAACGAUUUUCGAGUUCCCAAAAAAAGAAGAUGUUCGGCAGAGUUGGGCAAAGGCUUGCAACUUAGUUGUGUCGCCUUCCGAUACCCUUUUUAUUUGCCGAAAUCAUUUUGACUCGCAGUUUCGCUUAAUACAAACUUUUGCCUGGGGCUUUUCCAUGUUUGCGAUUAGAGCCAGCACUAAGUCGUAGCUCAUCUAGUGCUGACUCUAAUUGGGUGUGCCCACCCGUCACUGUGACUUAUGAACCUCCUAAAGUAGCUGUAGGAGUAGAAGAGGACGACAUAAAAUUGAAAGAGUUUGAACAAUAUUCCAUAUUAGAGGAAAGUAGAUUAGGAUUAGGACCCCAAAAUAACGACGUAGGCUCUGCUUUAGACAGUCGCGAACGAUUUGCUCGAUCGGCACGGUAUUACCAAAGUAAUGCGCUUAGAUUAAAUAAAAAGAUCGAAGAGUUAGAGGGGGUAAUUAAAGAUUUAGAAAAAAAAUAUGAAGACCUAGAACAACGUGCAAUAGUUGCGGAUGUAUCUUCAAGCUCUGACGCUAUAACAUUCGCUAGGAUGAUCGUUACCAAGCACAAUGUUUUUAGUGACAAUGAAAGGACAUUGGCACAAAACAUUAACUAUAUGUCCACCAAAUCAUAUAGUUUCAUGCGUGACGAUUUAGGUUUCGCUUUACCAAGCAAGAGUUCUCUUUUGCGUUGGCGCCCCAUUAGGUAUGUUGUCCCUGGUAUCGAUGCCAAUGUCUUGGGAAAUUUACAAAAAAUUUCCAAAAAAAUGUCCGCUUUAGAACGAAAUUGCGUUUUGUUAUUUGAUGAAAUAUCAAUAAAGUCCGACCUAACUUAUAAUAGAGUUAGGGAUGUUAUUGAUGGGUUUGUGGAUCAUGGGGAAGGACAACGUGAGAUGAUUAUAGGUAGUAAGUGUUGUUUUUUUAUGAUAAAAGGGUUAUGUUCCAAUUGGAAAUAUGUGUUUUCGUACUACAUUUCCAAGACGGAACUUGCUCCGUCUGAAUUGAAAGACAUUUUGAGCAAAAACAUCGCAUCACUAAAGUCAAUAGAUCUCGAUGUUAAGGCUUUAGUCUGCGAUCAAGGGCCCUCAAAUACUUCACUUUUCAAUUUGUUAAAAAUUACUGAAGAAAACCCCUUUUAUAUGCACGAAGGUUUAAAAAUAUUUUGUUUAUAUGACUAUUGCCACCUUUUUAAGUCCGUCCGUAAUACAUUUAUGAAAUAUGAUAUUUCAACUCCAAAUGGAAUAGCCAGCUUCAAGGUUAUAAAAAAACUUUACUCUAUCGAUCAGAGCAAUAUGCACUUCAAAAUAUGCCCAAAACUUACAGAGGCCCAUGUUUAUCCCAGCAUAUUUGAAAAAAUGUCCGUGAAACGUGCAACUCAAGUUCUGAGCAAUUCGGUUGCUGCUGGCAUUGAAAUGGCAUAUAGCCAAAGUCUAUUCGGCUCCGACGAAUAUUUAUUAAAAUGUGCACAGCCUACGCAGCUAUUUAUUAAAAAAUGAAUGAUCUUUUCGAUGAUCUAGACUGUAAGAAUUUUGUUUCCAAAAAUCCGCUGAAAUAUCCGUUAUUGAAGAAUGACUCCGGGAAGAUCCAACGCCUCUAUGAUUACAUAAAAUAUUUUAAAACAAUCAAGCUUCCAGUUUCUAGUCAGGUUAAAUGUAUUAGUGGGUUUUGUUCCACGAUAAGUGGAAUGAUUCAGUUGAGCGAAGAUCUAUUUAGGGAUCAAGAGGAAUUGAGGUUUAUAUUCCUUGGGAAAAUUAAUCAAGAUGCGUUGGAGAAUUUUUUUCAAGUGGUCCGAGCUAGUCAGGGUAUCAAUACCCAUCCCUCAGCCAAUGAGAUUCAAUAUAUUGUAGGUAGAUUAAUUUCGAUGAAAAUUUUAAGGCAAAAUUUUCAAGAUAAGGGGGCUAAUUGUGAGGAUGAUGACGACAUAAAUUUAGAUUGGAACCUAGGCCCCGAAGAUCGUCAUCUAGAUAUACAGGGAAACGAACAGGAAUCUGAGCAGCUCGACCUGGAAUCUUUCACUAUUCCAGACGAAAAUUUUGUUGAAGAGGACGACAAAACUGACGUCCAGAUCAAGCGGUAUUACAUUGGCUAUGGUAUUUACCAAAAAAUUCUGUGUAAAAUCCAUUGCGAAGAAUGCACCAAAGCAAUGACGAAGACACAAAGCGAUUUAACGCUUUAUUCGGAGGCCCUAAUCAGAGCUAAGAACUAUAAGGAUGACGGCGACUUAAGGCUAGUCAAUCCUAGUGAUAGGGUCUUCGAAGUGUGUCGACUGCAGAUGAUGUGGUACGUCCAGCUCUUCAACAAAUAUGCUCACUAUUUAAAUGUUCGUAGUCUGAUGUUGUCCGCCAUAAAACAAAAAACGGAAAAUGUUUUUCCUCAAUGGUUUGAUACAACCAAUGCAUGUUUCGCCCAUAAAAUGAAACUAUUAGAGUAUUUAGUGACUGCUCUGCUAUAUAAAAAUUCAAAGUGGUUUGAAAAACAAGAGAUAAAUAGGGAACGACAUCGGAAGCGCGAUGCUAAAUUAAAAAAACUUAAGUAAGUUGCAAGCCAGAAUGCUUUGAAUAAGAACAUCUUACUUUCGGGUUUUUCUACUUGCAGUUUUUUUCUCUACUUUCAGUUUUCUUUUAUUAUUAUAUUUUCAGGAUAAUUUUUUUUCUUUUUCAAUAGCAUGCCAACUGAGCCUAGCCUUUUUAAACACAAAUAUUGCACUUAAUCUAGAUAGAUUAAUUUGUGUUUAAAAAAGCAGGUGAAAUUAAAUGACUAAUUUUAACCAAUAAGUCGUGAGAAAAAUUUCCAUUUUAAAUGGACACUUUUGUAAUUCGGCAUUACCUAUUUAAUUUUUGUAAACAUAUUAUUUCAUUUUAUUAAAAUUGUUAAGUUUCCAAUAAAUAAUAGAAAAAAUCAAUAAAAUUAGCAUAUUUCAUCUGAAAAGAAUAAACUGGUCUUUAAUUGAUAGUAAAAAUCAUUUAGGAUUGAAUAAGAUUGAUGUGUUGAACCAGAGAACUUAAAACAUUCGACAGCGAAUAUUUUAUAAAAUUGCGACACGGAAUGUCACCACAUAAGAGACAUAAAUAUAUGUAUGCAUGCUUCUUAUGAUACUC